CCCCUCGGCGCUUCUUGCAAUUCAGUUGCUUAUCUCUGGCUUCAGGAACAUGACCCUCGCAAAAGGGUACAGGCAUCUUCUCCGGGAAUUAAGGAAAUACGAACCACUUCGGCACCGUGACACCAAAAAAGUAUCGCUGGCGAGUUUCCGCGCCACGUUUGAACGGCACAAGUCCGCAACCCCCAAUGAACUGGGAGAAUUCUUAAGGACUAUCAACAACGCAGCCUUGUUCCUAAAGAGUCAGCGAGAAUACGACGAACUACUGGCCAGAUACAAUCCUCUUCAAGAUGUCACCUCGGAGGAACAUGUUAAAGCCACUGCAAAUAGGGUUGGGUUAAAUAUGCCACCCGAGUUCAAACGCACAGAUGCUUGAACUUCUGCAGAGUAAUUUAUGUGUCGGUGAGCCAGUACAUACAAGUUAGAAGCCCAUUCCCGAUCGACUCAGAGAGCAGGACGAAUACGCCAAAAGACCAUCGAGACGAGAUGUUGUCAUAAUCAUUAUUUUGAAGUGUCGUGAAACCGUGAAGAAUCGUCAAACAGUCAGCACUACUCAGUAAGAAAACGUUGAAACGGUGAAUGUGGAC